AUGUCUUGUUAUAUUUUUUUGUUGCUAGGAGAUAGACUCAGGUAUAUUUCGAUUUUUUUGUUGUCAGAACAUAGGAAUCAGGUAAGACUUAUUAUCGUCAUUCUUUCUAUAAUUUUAUCACAAGAGAUGAAAAUCCAGAUACAUUCUUACAAAAAUUUGUCCGUUAGCUUCCGAGAAUACAGUAGUGUAGUUCUAAUCAGAACUUUCUUAAAUAUACAGUUCAAUUUCAUCUCCUCACGCUCCGUGUAUUCUGUAUCCACAGUCCUUAGAAUAGAGAAGUAUCCGUAUAUACUAUACUAUAGAGCUAAGCUCACUUGCUUCACCUGUUCUCUCAGAUUCAGAUGUACCUACUCGUGUAAUACCAUCACAAGUGUUACUAUACUAGAUUGGCUUAUAAUAUUUAAUAUACCUGUCCGGGAACAGAGAUAG